AUGCAUAAUAAUAGUAAAACACCGAAAAGAGAAAGCAAGCUACAAGUACCAGCUUCUUCACCAAUAGUUAUUCAGUCGUCGCCAGUCAAACAACCAACAAUGCAACAACCGUCAUUAAGUGAAGAUAAAGCAAGGGAGUUGGAAGCCAAGAGGCAGAAAAUACGUAAUCAUCCAGAUUUCCCAUUAAUCAGAAAGAAAUUCCCAUAUGUUAGUGAAAGUGAUAUAUUUAAAGCAUUUGUAAGAGGUAAAGGGAAUGCAAGAGACAUAACUAAAUAUUUGGAAAGCAAUUUUGAUAAAUCGGAAUAUUUACGUCAAGCUGAAGAAGCAAAAAGAAGAAAAAUCAAACAAGAGGAAGAAGAACGUAAACGAAUCAAAGAAUUGGAAUUUCAAAAGAAACUUAAACAAACUGAAAAUGGGAAUGGAAAUGGUCAUAGUGAAAAAGUUGAGUCAGGGAUCAUUCGUAAUACAACUUAUGAUGAAGAAGAUGAAUCACCUAUUAAAAGUGGUACUAGAGGUAGAGCAAGAACAAAAAUUGUUGAUGAUUUGCAAGUAUCACCAACCAAAAAGGAAUCCACCAAAGUCAAUGUAACAAAAACAAAGAGUAUUACUGAAAAAUUCAAUCUAAAACAUCAACCAACAAUUGAUCAAUUUGGGAUUAAAAGAUUGGAACCACUAAACAAAAAGAGAAAAUUAACUCGAUUUUUAUCCCCAUCUCCAGAACCUACACCUUCUGUUUCGAAAUAUUCCUCAUCUAAUCCAAAUCGUUUACCAGAUCUAUCAAGUUUCAGAUACAAUGGAGCACCAGAGAAAGUGGAGCCAAAUGAUCCCGUAGUGAUUGAUUCAGAGGACGACAAAGAUGAAAUUGAAAUUCUCGAAGAAAGACUAGCCGAAAACAGUAGAAGAAGACGUGAGUUGAAAAAGUCCAACAAAAAGACUGUUGUUGAUAUCAUUGACGAUGAAGAAGAAGAAGAGGAAAGUGACUCUAUGGAAGAAGAAGAUGAUGAUAAUAGGUAUGGAGGAUACACAAGUAUUGAUGGUAAAGUGUUGGAAUUUAUCAAUAAUGCAACAAUCCAAGAUUUAAGUGAUAUUUGUGCUAUUGAACCGAAAAUUUCAGAAAUUGUUAUAGCUCAAAGACCAUUCGCUAGUAUUGAUAUUAUAGCAGAAAGUGAUUUCUUAUUACCUGGUGAAACUGCAAACAAAAGAAGGAAAAAAAUGGGUAUGAGAAUGAUUGAGAAUACAGAAACUAAUCUUAAGGGAUAUAAAGCAAUUGAUUCUUUGAUUAAGAAAUGUUCGGAUUUAGGUCAAAAACUUACAGAUAAAAUGAAUGAAUGGGGUGUUUCGGUUACAGGAGAUAAUGGGGAAUUAAGCAUGGUAGAUCUUGAUCCAGUUGACGAUAGUGAAUUGCAAACUACUCCAAAUGAUAGCGAUGAUGACGAUGACGGAAUAGUUGUUGUGAAGAAAAGAAAAGUUGGUUUGAAAUAUAUCAAACACAAACCAGCACUUUUGGCCGACAAAAUCACUUUAAACAAUUAUCAACAAGUUGGGAUCAAUUGGUUGAAUCUUUUGUAUCAUAAUAAAUUGUCAUGUAUCUUGGCAGAUGAGAUGGGUCUUGGUAAAACGUGUCAAGUCAUUGCAUUUAUGGCCCAUUUGCAAGAAGUGGGAGAAGUUGGUCCGCAUUUGGUUAUUGUGCCAGCAUCAACAAUUGAAAACUGGUUACGUGAAUUCAACAAGUUUUGUCCUAGCUUACGUGUCAGGGCCUACUAUGGAUCUAUGGCUGAGCGUGAACAAUUGCGUUAUGAUUUGGAGAUGGAUGAAUUUGAUGUUUUGGUCACCACAUAUAAUUUAGCAUGUGGAGGUCCUGCCGAUGCAAAGUUUUUGAAGAACAGAAAUUCAAAUGUUAUUGUUUAUGAUGAAGGUCAUUUGUUAAAGAAUUCCACUUCUGAUAGAUACAUCAAGUUGAUGAAAUUAAAAGGUAAAUUUAGGUUAUUAUUGACUGGUACCCCAUUGCAGAACAACUUGAAGGAAUUGGUUUCUUUAUUAUCAUUCAUGUUACCUGAUUUGUUCAAUGAGAAAAGAGAAGAAUUGGCUAGUAUAUUUAAUCAAAAAUCUGGGUCCGUGACAAGAAAAGAGAGUUCUUCGUCUUCAUCAUCGUACAAUCCAUUGUUGGCUGAACAAGCUAUUAAGAAUGCAAAAGCUAUGAUGACUCCGUUUGUGUUGAGACGUAGAAAAGAUCAAGUCUUGCAACAUUUACCUGCAAAAUCCCAUGAAAUUGUUCAUUGUGAAUUAACACCAUUCCAAUCAAAGUUAUACUUUGAUUUCUUGAAUAAAGGAAGAAAUCUUAGAUCCGAAAGAGAAAGAAGAAGACAAUUGAGUAAUGCAGAAGCAGCAAGAUUGGCCAAACUGGAUCCUAUACCAACUUCAUCCAACGUUUUAAUGGAUCUCCGUAAAGCUGCAUUGCACCCAUUAUUAUUUCGUGGACAUUUCACUGAUGCCAUGCUACAGGACAUGAGUAAAGCAAUUAUGAUGGAACCUGAGUAUGUGGAAGCAAAUCAAACAUAUAUUUUUGAAGAUAUGCAAGUUAUGUCUGAUUUUGAAUUGGACAGAUUGUGUGUUAAGUUCCCAAAGACCUUGAGCAAAUGGAAACUUGAUGAUGAAAAGUAUUUAGAUAGUGGGAAAAUCAUUGAAUUAAAGAAAAUUUUGGAUAAAACCACCAAAAAAGGUGAAAAGAUUUUGAUAUUUUCUUUAUUCACUCAAGUAUUAGACAUUUUGGAAAAAGUUUUAUCCCUAUUUGAUUUGAAGUUUGUUAGAUUAGAUGGUGGUACUAAAGUUGAUGAACGUCAAGAUACUAUAGAUAUUUUCAAUGAGGAUUCCACCAUUCCAAUCUUUUUAUUAUCUACUAAAGCUGGGGGAUUUGGUAUUAAUUUAGUUGCAGCAAAUAAUGUAAUUAUAUUUGAUCAAUCAUUCAAUCCACAUGAUGACAAACAAGCUGAAGACAGAGCUCAUAGAGUUGGACAGAAAAAGGAAGUCACAGUGUUUAAAAUGAUCACUAAUAAGACAGUUGAAAAGAACAUGUUAUUGUUAGCUGAAAAUAAAUUGGCAUUAGAUAAGAAGAUCAGUGUUGACGAUAGUAGUGACUCCACCAAGAUAGAUGAACAAGGUGCUUCACUUUUUGAAAAGAUUUUAUACGAACAAGAUCAGUAG